AGCUGGAGGACGCCCUGACUGUACCCUGGACCCGGGCCAGUGUGGAGCGCAGUCUUCCCCCGAAGGCCACUCAGUUCUCCCGCGCCAGCCUUGGGCAAGGACCACAGGGCGAGUUUUCCACCUCCGCUUGGGGUCCCCUCUCCUGCAGAAGGAAAAGGAGACGCAGCCGGUGAUUAUGAUUCGCACAUAAUUGGCUGUCGAAGCCCAGGGACGCGCGCUUCUCCAGGUUUGCUCAGGGUGCCUGCUGGUGCUUAGACAGAUUCACAAUGAGGAAACACCGGCAUUUGCCCAUGAAAGUGGCCAUCUUUUGCCUCUUUUUCUCAGGCUUUUCUUUCACUCGUGCCCAACAGCAAGCAGAUGUCAAAAACGGUGCCGCUGCCGAUAUAAUAUUUCUAGUGGAUUCCUCUUGGAGCAUUGGAAAGGAGCAUUUCCAACUUGUUCGCGAGUUUCUGUAUGAUGUUAUAAAAUCUUUAGCUGUGGGAGAAAACGAUUUCCGUUUUGCUCUGGUCCAGUUCAACGGCAACCCACAUACCGAGUUCCUGUUAAACACGUACCGUACUAAACAAGAAGUCCUCUCUCAUGUUUCCAACAUGUCUUACACUGGGGGAAGCAAUCAGACUGGACAAGGAUUAAAGCGUGUGAUGCAGAACCACCUUUCUGAGGCUGCUGGGAGCCGGGCCAGUGCUGGAGUCCCCCAGGUGGUUGUAGUGCUAACCAGUGGACACUCGGAGGACGGCCUUGCUCUGCCCUCAGCGGAGCUUAAGUCUGCUGACGUUAACGUGUUUGCAGUUGGAGUUGAGGAUGCAGAUGAAGGAGCGUUAAAAGAAAUAGCAAGUGAACCACUCGAUAUGCAUGUUUUCAACCUAGAGAAUUUUACCUCACUUCAUGACAUAGUAGGAACCUUAGUGUCCUGUGUGCGUUCAUCCUCCAUGACUCCAGGGAGGGCUGGAGGCACAGAGACCCUGAAAGACAUCACAGCACAAGACUCUGCUGACAUUAUUUUCCUUAUUGAUGGAUCAAACAACACCGGAAGUGUCAAUUUCGCAGUCAUUCGCGACUUCCUUGUAAAUCUCCUUGAGAGACUCUCAAUUGGAACUCAGCAGAUCCGAGUGGGGGUGGUCCAGUAUAGCGAUGAGCCCAGAACCAUGUUCUCCUUGAACACCUACUCCACCAAGGCUCAGGUUCUGGAUGCAGUGAAAGCCCUUGGGUUCCUUGGUGGGGAGUUGGCCAAUGUCGGGCUCGCCCUUGAAUUCCUGGUGGAGAACCACUUCACCCAGGCUGGGGGCAGCCGCGCGGAGGAAGGGGUUCCCCAGGUGCUGGUCCUCAUAAGUGCCGGGCCGUCUAGUGAUGAGGUCCGCGACGGGGUGGUGGCACUGAAGCAGGCUAGCGUUUUCUCAUUUGGCCUCGGAGCCCAGGCCGCCUCCAAGGCAGAGCUUCAGCACAUAGCUACCAAUGACAACCUGGUGUUUACUGUCCCGGAAUUCCGUAGCUUUGGGGACCUCCAGGAGCAAUUACUGCCGUACAUUGUGGGCGUGGCCCAAAGGCACAUUGUCUUGCAACCGCCAACCAUUGUCACACAAGUCAUCGAAGUCAACAAGAGGGACAUAGUUUUCCUGGUGGAUGGCUCAUCUGCACUGGGACUGGCCAACUUCAAUGCGAUCCGCGACUUCAUUGCCAAGGUCAUCCAGAGGCUGGAAAUCGGACAGGACCUUAUCCAGGUGGCUGUGGCUCAGUACGCAGACACAGUGCGGCCAGAGUUCUAUUUCAAUACCUACCCCAGCAAGAGGGAAGUCAUGACCGCUGUGCGGAGGAUGAAGCCCUUGGAGGGCUCGGCCCUGUACACGGGCUCGGCUCUGGACUUCGUCCGGAACAGCCUGUUCACCGGCGGGACCGGCUACCGGGCUGCCGAGGGGGUCCCCAAGCUGUUGGUGCUGAUUACAGGCGGUAAGUCCUUAGAUGAAGUCAGCCAGCCAGCCCAGGAGCUGAAGAGAAGCAACAUCAUGGCCUUUGCCAUCGGGAACAAGGUGGCCAACCGGGCUGAGCUGGAAGAGAUCGCGUUCGACUCCACCCUGGUGUUCGUUCCGGAUGAGUUCCGGACCGCCCCUCUGCAGGGCCUGCUGCCCAGCGUGCUGGCGCCUCUCCGGACGCUCUCUGGAACCACCGAAGUUCAUGCAAACAAAAGGGAUAUCAUCUUUCUUUUGGAUGGAUCGCUCAACGUUGGAAAGACCAACUUCCCGUACGUGCGGGACUUUGUCAUGAACGUAGUGAACAGCCUCGAUGUCGGAAGCGACAGCGUCCGAGUCGGUUUAGUGCAAUUUAGUGACACUCCGGUCACGGAGUUCUCCCUAGACACAUACCAGACCAAGCCAGAGCUGCUCGCUCACGUGAGGCAGCUGCAGCUCCAGGGGGGCUCGGGCCUGAACACCGGCGCCGCCCUAGGCUAUGUCCACGCGACCCACUUCACCGAGGCCGGCGGCAGCAGGAUCCGCGAACACGUGCCGCAGCUGCUGCUCCUGCUCACGGCCGGCCCGGCCGACGACGCGUACCUGCAGGCGGCCAACGCCCUGGCGCGCGCCGGCGUCCUGACCUUUUGCGUGGGCGCCGGCCGGGCCGACAAGGCCGAGCUCGAGCAGAUCGCUUUUAACCCGAGCCUGGUGUACCUCAUGGAUGAUUUCAGCUCCCUGCCAGCUUUGCCCCAGCAGCUGAUUCAGCCCCUAACCACGUAUGUUAGCGGAGGUGUGGAGGAAGUUCCGCUCGGCCAGCCAGAGAGCAAGCGGGACAUUCUGUUCCUCUUUGACGGCUCGGCCAACCUCGUGGGCCAGUUCCCCGCCGUCCGCGACUUCCUCUACAAGAUCAUCGACGAGCUGAAUGUGAAACCCGAGGGGACUCGGAUCGCGGUGGCUCAGUACAGCGAUGACGUCCGGGUGGAGUCCCGUUUUGAUGAGCACCAGAAUAAGCCCGAAAUCCUGAAUCUCGUGAAGAGGAUGAAGAUCAAGACGGGCAAAGCCCUCAACCUGGGCUAUGCCCUGGACUACGCGCAGAGGUACAUCUUUGUGAAGUCCGCCGGAAGCCGGAUCGAGGACGGAGUGCUGCAGUUCCUGGUGCUGCUGGUGGCGGGAAGGUCGUCGGACCGCGUGGACGGGCCGGCACUCAACCUGAAACAGAGCGGGGUGGUGCCUUUCAUCCUCCAGGCCAAGAACGCAGACCCGGCCGAGCUGGAGCUCAUCGUGCCUUCCCCCGCCUUCAUCCUGGUUGCCGAGUCGCUUCCCAAGGUUGGAGACCUCCAACCACAGAUCGUGAACCUCUUGAAAUCGGUGCAAACUGGGGCGCCAACACCAGUUUCAGGUGAAAAGGAUGUGGUGUUUCUGAUUGACGGCUCUGAUGGUGUCCAGAGUGGCUUCCCUCUGCUGAAAGACUUUGUCCAGAGAGUUGUGGAGAGCCUGGACGUGGGUCCGGACCGGGUGCGCGUGGCUGUGGUGCAGUACAGUGACCGGACCAGGCCCGAGUUCUACCUGAACUCGUACAUGGACAAGCAGAGCGUGGUCAGCGCCAUCCGCAGGCUGACCCUCCUGGGAGGGCCCACCCCCAACACCGGGGCCUCCCUGGCCUUCGUGCUGAGGAACAUCCUGAUUGGCUCUGCGGGAAGCAGGAUCGCAGAAGGCGUGCCGCAGCUCCUGAUCGUCCUCACGGCCGACAGGUCGGGCGAUGACGUGCGGGGCCCCUCGGUGAUGGCAAAGAGGGGAGGGGCGGUGCCCAUCGGCAUCGGCAUUGGGAACGCCGACAUCACCGAGAUGCAGACCAUCUCCUUCAUCCCGGACUUUGCCGUGGCUAUUCCCACCUUCCGGCAGCUGGGGACCGUGCAGCAGGUCAUCUCGGACAGAGUGACCCAGCUCAGCCGUGAAGAGCUGAGCAGGCUGCAGGCAUCUUUGCUGUCCACACUGAGCCCAGGUGUCGGUGGCAAGAGGGAUGUGGUCUUUCUCAUCGACGGAUCCCAGAGCGCUGGCCCUGAGUUCCAGUACAUCCGUACCCUCAUCGAGAGGCUGGUUGACUAUCUGGAUGUGGGCUUCGACACGACCCGGGUGGCGGUCAUCCAGUUCAGCGAGGACCCCAGGGUGGAGUUCCUGCUGAACGCCCACUCCAGCAAGGACGAGGUGCAGAACGCGGUGAGGCGGCUGCGGCCCAAAGGCGGGCGGCAGAUCAACGUUGGGGGUGCCUUGGAGUACGUGUCAAGGAAUAUCUUCAAGAGGCCGCUGGGGAGUCGGAUUGAAGAGGGCGUCCCUCAGUUCCUGGUCCUCAUUUCCUCCGGGAAGUCUGACGACGAAGUCGACGACUCGGCAGUAGAACUCAAGCAGUUUGGCGUGGCACCAGUUACGAUCGGAAGGAACGCAGACCCGGAGGAGCUGGUGAAGAUCUCCCUGAGCCCCGAGUACGUGUUCUCAGUGAGCACCUUCCGGGAGCUGCCCAGCCUGGAGCAGAAACUGCUGACCCCCAUCACCACCCUAACCUCGGAGCAGAUUCAGCAGAUCCUGGCCACCACCCGCUUCCCUCCUCCAGCGGUGGAGAGCGAUGCUUCAGACAUCAUCUUCCUCAUCGAUAGCUCUGAUAGCGUCAGGCCAGAUGGCAUUGCACACAUCCGAGACUUUGUUAGCAGGAUCGUGCGAAGACUCAACAUUGGCCCCAAUAAAGUGAGGAUUGGGGUGGUGCAGUUCAGCAAUGACGUCUUCCCGGAGUUCUACCUGAAGACCUAUAAGUCCCAGGCCAGUGUGCUCGAUGCCAUACGUCGCCUGAGGUUCAAAGGGGGGUCCCCGCUGAACACCGGCAAAGCUCUGGAAUUCGUGGCAAGGAAUUUCUUUGUCAAGUCUGCUGGGAGCCGGAUAGAAGAUGGGGUGCCCCAACACCUGGUUCUGUUUCUGGGUGGAAAGUCCCAGGAUGACGUUUCCAGAUUCUCCCAGGUGAUGAGAUCCUCAGGGAUUGUGAGCUUAGGAGUUGGAGACCGGAACAUCGACAGAGCGGAGCUGCAGGCCAUCACCAACGACCCCAGGCUGGUCUUCACCGUGAGGGAGUUCAGAGAGCUCCCCAACAUUGAAGAAAGGGUCUUGAACUCCUUUGGACCCUCUGGGGUCACUCCUGCACCUCCGGGAGUGGACACGUUCCCUCCCUCACGGCCAGAGAAAAAGAAAGCAGACAUCGUGUUCCUGUUGGAUGGUUCCAUCAAUUUCCGGAGGGACAGUUUCCAGGAAGUGCUCCGUUUUGUGUCUGAAAUUGUGGACACAGUUUAUGAAGGGGGUGACUCCAUCCAAGUGGGGCUGGUCCAGUACAACUCUGACCCCACCGAUGAGUUCUUCCUGAAAGACUUUUCCACCAAGCAGCAGAUUAUCGACGCCAUCAACAAAGUGGUCUACAAAGGGGGGAGGCAUGCAAACACCAAGGUGGGCCUGGAGCACCUGCGGGUGAAUCACUUUGUGCCGGAGGCGGGCAGCCGCGUGGACCAGAGGGUCCCGCAGAUUGCCUUUGUGAUCACGGGAGGCAAGUCGGUGGAGGAUGCGCAGGAGGCCAGCCUGGCCCUCACCCAGAGAGGCAUCAAGGUGUUUGCAGUGGGCGUGAGGAACAUCGACUCAGAGGAGGUGGGGAAGAUAGCCUCCAACAGCGCGACGGCAUUCCGCGUGGGGAACGUCCAGGAGCUGUCGGAGCUGAGCGAGCAAGUUUUGGAAACUCUGCAUGACGCCAUGCAUGAGACCCUGUGUCCGGGUGUCACUGAUGUGUCCAAAGUCUGUAAUCUGGAUGUGAUCCUGGGCUUUGAUGGUUCAAGCGAUCAGAAUGUAUUCGUGGCUCAGAAGGGCCUUGAGUCCAAGGUGGACACCGUCUUGAAUAGAAUCAGCCAGAUGCAGAGGAUCAGCUGCAGCGGCAACCAGAUGCCCACGGUGCGGGUGUCGGUGGUGGCCAACUCGCCCUCGGGCCCCGUGGAGGCCUUUGACUUCGCUGAGUACCAGCCGGAGCUGUUUGAGAAGUUCCGGAACAUGCGCAACCAGCACCCCUACGUCCUCACCGCCGACACGCUGAGGCUCUACCAGAACAAGUUCCGGCAGGCGUCGCCCGACGGCGUGAAGGUGAUCAUUCAUUUUACCGAUGGGGUGGAUGGAGACAUGGCUGAUUUACAAAAAGCAUCUGAGGAACUCCGACAGGAAGGCGUCCGAGCUCUGAUCUUGGUGGGCCUGGAGCGCGUGGCCAACUUGGAGCAGCUGAUGCAGCUGGAGUUCGGGCGGGGAUUCACAUACAACCGGCCCCUGAGGCUGAACUUGCUGGACUUGGAUUACGAACUGGCGGAGCAGCUUGACAACAUUGCUGAGAAAGCUUGCUGUGGGGUCCCCUGCAAGUGCUCUGGACAGAGGGGAGACCGAGGGCCCCUUGGCAGCAUCGGGCCGAAGGGGAUUCCUGGAGAAGACGGCUACCGAGGUUAUCCUGGUGAUGAGGGGGGACCUGGUGAGCGUGGCCCCCCUGGCGUGAACGGCACCCAAGGCUUCCAGGGUUGCCCGGGGCAGAGAGGAGUCAAGGGCUCCCGUGGAUUCCCAGGAGAGAAGGGUGAAUUAGGAGAAAUCGGAUUGGAUGGUCUUGAUGGUGAAGAUGGAGACAAGGGAUUGCCCGGUUCUUCUGGAGAGAAAGGGAAUCUGGGAAGAAGGGGUGACAAAGGACCUAAAGGGGACAAAGGAGAGAGAGGGGACAUGGGGAUCAGAGGUGACCCGGGUGACUCAGGACAGGACAGCCAGCAGAGAGGACCCAAAGGAGAAACCGGAGAUAUCGGCCCCAUGGGUCUCCCUGGGAGAGAUGGGGUGUCUGGAAGUCCUGGAGAGCCCGGGAAAAGCGGUGGCUUUGGCCGAAGGGGACCCGCAGGAGCUAAGGGCAACAAGGGCGGUCCUGGCCAGCAGGGCUUUGCAGGAGAGCAGGGGACCAGAGGAGCACAGGGACCAGCGGGUCCCACCGGCCCUCCCGGCCUGAGCGGAGAACAAGGCAUCCCUGGACCCCGGGGAAGCGGGGGAACUGCAGGUGCUCCUGGAGAACGCGGCAGGACCGGGCCCCUGGGAAGAAAGGGUGAGCCCGGAGAGCCAGGACCUAAGGGAGGACUCGGGAACCGGGGCCCUCGUGGGGAGACGGGAGACGACGGGCAAGACGGAGUUGGCAGUGAAGGACGCAGAGGCAAAAAGGGAGAAAGGGGAUUCCCUGGAUACCCAGGUCCAAAGGGUAACCCCGGUGAGCCAGGGACAGACGGCCCCACAGGACCCAAAGGCAUCAGAGGCCGAAGGGGAAACUCAGGACCUCCAGGCAUCGCCGGACAGAAGGGAGACCCUGGGUACCCAGGACCAGCUGGAUACAAAGGCCCCAGAGGCGACUCGAUGGACCAAUGUGCCCUGGUCCAGAGCAUCAAGGAUAAAUGCCCUUGCUGCUACGGGCCCCUGGAGUGCCCUGUCUUCCCGACCGAGCUGGCCUUUGCCUUGGACACGUCGGAGGGGGUCACUCAGGACACGUUCAGCCGGAUGAGGGAUGUGGUCUUAAAGAUCGUGGGCGACCUGACCAUCGCCGAGAGCAACUGCCCACGGGGGGCCCGCGUGGCCGUGGUCACCUACAACAAUGAGGUGACCACGGAGAUCCGCUUUGCCGACUCCAAGAAGAAGUCCGUCCUCCUGGACAAGAUUAAGAACCUGCAGGUGGCCCUGACGUCCAAGCAGCAGAGCCUGGAAACCGCCAUGUCCUUCGUGGCCAGAAACACGUUUAAGCGAGUGCGGAAUGGAUUCCUUAUGAGGAAGGUGGCCGUUUUCUUCAGCAACAAACCCACGAGGGCGUCCCCGCAGCUCCGGGAGGCUGUGCUCAAGCUCUCGGAUGCUGGGAUCACACCCCUGUUCCUCACGAACCAGGAGGACCGCCCGCUGCUGAACGCCCUGCAGAUCAACAACACGGCAGUGGGGCACGCGCUUGUCCUGCCCGCGACGGGAGACCUCACGGACUUCUUGAAGAACGUCCUGACUUGUCACGUCUGCUUGGACAUCUGCAACAUCGACCCCUCCUGUGGAUUUGGCAGCUGGAAGCCUGCCUUCAGGGACCGGAGAGCAGCGGGCAGCGAUGUGGACAUCGACAUGGCUUUCAUCUUAGAUAGCUCUGAGUCCACCACGCCGUUCCAGUUCAACGAGAUGAAGAAGUACAUAGGGUACCUGGUCAGACAGCUGGACGUGAGCCCAGACCCCAGGGCCUCCCAGCACUUUGCCAGGGUGGCGGUCGUGCAGCACGCGCCCUACGAGUCCGCGGGCAACGCCAGCGUGCCGCCCGUGAAGGUGGAAUUCUCCCUGACGGACUACAGCUCCAAGGAGAAGCUGGUGGCCUUUCUCAGCAGCAGGAUGACCCAGCUGCAGGGGACCAGGGCCCUGGGCAGCGCCAUCGACUACACCGUCGAGAACGUCUUUGAAAGUGCACCCAACCCACGGGACCUGAAGAUCGUGGUCCUGAUGCUGACGGGCGAGGUGCCGAAGCAGCAGCUGGAGGAGGCCCAGAGAGCCAUCUUGCAGGCCAAGUGCAAGGGGUACUUCUUCGUGAUCCUGGGCAUCGGGAGGAAGGUGAAUAGCAAGGAGGUGUAUGGUUUCGCCAGCGAGCCGAACGACGUCUUCUUCAAACUCGUGGACAAGUCGACCGAGCUCAACGAGGAGCCGCUGCUGCGCUUCGGGAGGCUGCUGCCCUCCUUCGUCAGCAGUAAAAAUGCUUUUUAUCUGUCCCCAGAUAUCAGGAAACAGUGUGAUUGGUUCCAAGGGGACCAACAGGCAAAGAAUCUUGUGAAGUUUGGUCACAAACAAGUAAGUGUUCCAAAUAAUGUUACCUCAAGUCCUACGUCCAAACCAAUGACCACAACGAAGCCAGUGACCACUGCAGAACCAGAGACCACCACCACCACCAAACCAGUAGCUGUUGUCAACCUGCCGGCCUCAAAGCCAGCCUCCGUGAGACCCGUGGCUGAAAGACCCAUGGCUGGGAAAUCUGAGGCUGCAAAGCUGGAGGCCAUCAAACCCAUGGCCACCAAGCCCGAGGCCACCAAGCCGGUGGCCACCAAGCCUGAGGCCACUAAGCCCGUGGCCGCCAAGCCUGAGGCCAGUAAGCCCAUGGCCACCAAGCCUGAAGCCACUAGGCCUGUGGCCCCCAAGCCUGAGGCCACUAAACUCAUGGCCGCCAAGCCCGAGGCUGCGAAGACGGCCACUGUCAGACCUGCAGUGGUGGCAGCGAAGCCCGCAGCAGGAAAGCCAGCUUCAGUCAGACCCCCUGCCGCUGCCAGACCUGGGCUUGCCAAGCCCGAGGCCCCUAGGCCUCUGGUAGCUAAAUCAGCUGCUGCCAAGCCGGCCACUGCUAAGCCCGUGGUUAAGGCACCCCGAGAGGUCCAGGUGUCCGAGGUCACAGAGAACAGCGCCAGACUCCGCUGGGAGAGGCCCGAGCCCCCCAGUGCUUAUUUUUAUGACCUCAUUGUCACCUCGGCCCACGACCAGUCCCUGGUUCUGAGGCAGAACCUCACGGCCACGGACCGCGCCAUCGGGGGUCUUCUCGCCGGGCAGACAUACCACGUGACGGUCGUCUGCUACCUGAGGUCUCAGGUCAGAGCCACCUACCAAGGCAGCUUCAGCACAAAGAAAACUCAGCCAUCACCUCCGCAGACAGUGAAGCUGGCGUCCAGUUCCACCAUCAACCUCAUGGUGAGCAGAGACCCGUUGGCUGCGGGUGAAACAGAUAUAUGUCAGUUACAAAAAGAAGAAGGAACUUGCAGGAAAUUUAUUUUAAAGUGGUACUAUGAUUCGAAGACUAAAAGCUGUGCGAGGUUCUGGUACGGAGGUUGCGGUGGAAACGAAAACAGAUUUAAUUCGCAGAAAGAAUGUGAAAAGGUUUGCGCUCCUGUGCCUGUCAACCCCGGAGUCAUCGCUGCGAUGGAGACCUAAGCGUGGCCCACCGAUGACACAUACCUCUUGAAGCAGAAGGAGGCAGCCAUGGCAAGGCGUCUCUGUAGAAGCUCUGGGUGUAGAUUCCCGCACGCUUUGUACCCUUUCAUGCUUUGAUUUACACUUGGACUUGGGAGGACCCGUCUGCCGCAUGACCUAUCAACAUGGUGCUAAAUGUGUCUGUGGACCCAACGCUCUCUGUCUCCAGGCAGUUAUAUCGUAUACUUUGAACGUUGUGUAACAGUUAUCCACUGCUGGUGUUUAUGUGAACAGUCCUAUAAACUCAAGUUCCUUCUGGAGUUUCACCUGAUGCCUGCUUCAGGCAAGUGUAAGGUCUAGAAAAUAGCCCCAGAUUUCACAGUUACUCUGUAUGCUUCCGCUUGGUUCAUCUUUUUCCCUCUUAAUUAAGCAUGACUUUAGAUGGAAAGCCUGUGUAUGGAGGAUAAACCAGAGUCCAGCUUUUUCACUCCCUUGUCCCCUGAUUUCCUGGAUUAGAUUUCGAGCUGGUUUUCUUUUUCUAAAGCUUCUAACAGACGAUCUAGAAGUUAGAAGGAAGCAAAAUCCCUUAAUCUUUGUGCACUGUCGUGGGACCAUGCCUCAAUUAAAGAAUGAAAAGAAAAUCAUCACAGAGAACAUUUCUGGCAUUCCUCUAAUGUGUGUGUGUUUUAAUUUUUUUUUCUUUUGUGCAGGGGGGUUUAAUUUUAAUUUUAAAAAUUUUAGGAAAUUUAUACAAAGAAACUUUUUAAUAAAGUUUAUGGAAAGUGUUG